AUGAGAUUUUUCGUGAUUUUCACAAUUUCAAUUCUGACCGUUUUGGGUCAGCAUAGCGAAUCGGAUUGUCGUGCUCAAUUAGAUCUUGGAAAAUCAAAAUGUUCGGGAAAGAAGGCUGAAAUUAAGGUGAGCUAGACACAAAAAAAAAAUAAAAAUAGAGUCUAUUUUUGUUUUCAGUACCACUACGAUGCUAAAACCGCCACAUGUUUGGCAUUUUUGUACACGGGAUGUGGUGGAAAUGCGAAUCGAUUCGACAGCGACAGUGAAUGCUAUCGUACUUGUCAGGGAAUCGAUGCGUUGAACUGUCCACUAGGCUCAAAACCUUUGCCGAAAACCAAUAUUUGUCAAGAUUCGGUGAGAUGAAUCUCUCGAAGUUUCAGAAAAAAAAUCCCUGAAAUUUCCAGAAAGAAUGCGGUUCCAAGGGAUAUUGUAACAUGGGCAGUGGAUUCGGAAUUUGUUGCGAGAAAAAAUGGCAAGAAAAAUUGGAUAAAGAAUAUGGCCCGAAAUGUCCAGCAGGGAAAAAAGCCUAUGAGCCAACUGAUGGUGGAAUUGCGAGUUUGAGAUUGGGCAAAUCGUGUAAAUCGAAUCAUUGUCCGGAAAAAGCCACAUGUGUUCAAGGAGAAUUUUUCGCAGCUUGUUGUGUAUAA